ACAUGCAGAUAAGCUCCCCUGCUUGGAGACAGUAGCUUGUCUCCGACUACCGGGGGAACACGGAGCACCCUAGACAGGAACUUUAAAGGGAUUGAAAUCUGUUGCCUGUUCCACUAGGAAUAUUGUUUGCAAGGCACAAGGUGUCUUUUUGUAGUGAGUACCCUUUGCGCAUGCGCAGGUCCAUUCGGGUACUCACUGCCCAGCCGCCGACUAAGUUGCAUUCCUUGAAUCUUCACAGAAAAGACAAUUCUUUCAUCGGAGUUAGUUAUGUGGACAGUACAAAAUCGAGAGAGUUUGGGGCUUCUCUCUUUCCCUGUGAUGGUUGCCAUGGUUUGUUGUGCACACAGCGCCAAUGAACCCAGCAACAUGUCCUACGUAAAAGAGACAGUGGACAGACUGCUCAAAGGAUAUGACAUUCGCUUGCGGCCGGACUUUGGAGGGCCCCCCGUGGACGUCGGGAUGCGGAUCGAUGUCGCCAGCAUAGAUAUGGUCUCGGAAGUGAACAUGGAUUAUACACUUACCAUGUAUUUCCAGCAGUCUUGGAAGGACAAAAGACUUUCAUAUUCUGGAAUCCCAUUAAACCUGACCCUUGAUAAUAGGGUAGCUGACCAACUCUGGGUACCAGACACCUACUUUCUGAAUGACAAGAAAUCAUUUGUGCAUGGUGUCACAGUGAAAAAUCGAAUGAUCAGACUGCAUCCUGAUGGAACCGUUCUCUAUGGACUCCGAAUCACAACCACUGCUGCGUGCAUGAUGGAUCUUCGGAGAUAUCCUCUGGAUGAACAAAACUGCACCUUGGAGAUUGAGAGUUAUGGCUAUACCACAGAUGACAUCGAAUUUUAUUGGAAUGGAGGAGAGGGAGCAGUAACUGGGGUUAAUAAAAUCGAGCUCCCUCAGUUUUCAAUUGUUGACUACAAGAUGGUAUCCAAGAAGGUGGAGUUCACAACAGGGGCAUAUCCACGACUAUCACUAAGUUUUCGUCUGAAGAGAAACAUUGGUUACUUCAUUUUACAAACCUACAUGCCUUCCACACUGAUUACAAUUCUGUCAUGGGUGUCAUUUUGGAUCAACUAUGAUGCAUCUGCAGCCAGAGUCGCACUAGGAAUCACCACGGUGCUGACAAUGACAACCAUCAGUACUCACCUCAGGGAGACCCUGCCAAAGAUCCCUUACGUCAAAGCGAUAGAUAUCUACCUGAUGGGCUGUUUUGUGUUUGUGUUUCUGGCUCUGCUGGAAUAUGCCUUUGUAAAUUACAUCUUCUUUGGGAAAGGCCCUCAGAAAAAGGGAGCUAGCAAACAAGAUCAGAGUGCCAAUGAAAAGAACAAAUUGGAGAUGAACAAAGUCCAGGUCGACGCCCAUGGCAACAUUCUCCUCAGCACCCUGGAAAUCAGGAAUGAGACCAGCGGCUCCGAGGUUCUCACCGGAGUGAGUGACCCCAAGGCCACCAUGUACUCCUACGACAGCGCCAGCAUCCAGUACCGAAAGCCACUAAGCAGCCGCGAGGGCUUCGGGCGCGGGCUGGACAGACACGGGGUGCCAGGCAAGGGGCGCAUCCGCCGGCGGGCCUCCCAGCUCAAAGUCAAGAUCCCCGACUUGACUGAUGUGAACUCCAUAGACAAGUGGUCUCGAAUGUUUUUCCCUAUCACUUUUUCUCUUUUUAAUGUCGUUUAUUGGCUUUACUAUGUACACUAAGGUCUGUCCUCAUGAUUCAGUUUAGACUACCUUCUCUUCACUUGUUUUUUAACCCCACAGGUUCCCAACAGCGAUACCGCUGUUUUUGGAGGUGAGCAAUUCAGCCAUUCAGUUGGGUUUAGGUCUCACAUAUCAGUUUUUAUUAUUGUACCAUGUUUACUUCAAAAAAAUUUUUUUCCAGUCUUCUGUGGUCCAGGUUAUCAGCUCUUUAAGAGCUCUAUUAAUUGCUGUUUACAAACAAAUACAAAGAGAGAAGACAGAUAGGUGAUAGAUACCAUUUCCUAGUUCCCCUGGGAACUUACUGAAUUAUGUAAAGACAAAAGAGGACCUUUUUGUCCACCUAUACUGCUUCCUGGUAAACUGUAACAACUUAUGCUGCCAAAAAUGUUUAAAAAGAGAAAUCACCACCGUUUUCAGGAUCUUAGAAUAACAAAUAAAGCCAUUGACAAAUUGUAGAUUUCCAGGGAGAAAUGAAAAGGAAGAUUCUCCUCCUCUCUCAAGUUCUCCUAAAAGUCCUUUCUAGAAGGGCUCCUCUGCUCUGUGGAAGAUGAGGGGGCUCAAAGCAAGUACUGGUCAAGCUCACUCUGCUGUCCCUAUCCAACCUCACAAAUCUUCUCUCAGAUUUCCCAGCAGAUGUUCAGAAUUAACAUUAGAGUCCAGCCUGAUCUGACUUGUAGCCUUUGAAAACAUGUUUUCUUUACUUCUUCAGAAUAAGGAGUUCAGGAGACAAUGAGUAUUUUCUUUCCUGACCAUCAUGUAAGAGCAGCCCUGAUUGAUCUUCAUGGGCCAGUAAUCUCUUGAUGCCAUGCAUGAAGCCAUGCUGCCACAUUUCCAAAGUUCCUGAUUUAGAGAGAGGAAAAGAUAUAUGGGGUGGGGUAAUUUGGGCUUUGAGAAAGAAAGUGGGGAGCAAUUUUCCCUUGAGAAGGAAGGUAAGACUUACAUAUUAUGAAAAGGGUGCCUGGGCAGUUGUUCACAACGCCAAAUUUUAAGUCAACCAGUAUGUAUUUCUUAGCCUUCCAGAAAGUGUCUGAUGGUGACAGCCAGUCACACAGAUGGUUCAGAUCUUGAGCUCUGCCUUUCAAAUUAUGGGAUAAAUGGCAUGAGAUAUGCACACUUACCCAUGUCAGUGCCCUCCGAAGCCAGAUUUCCAUUUUAAGAAAAACUUUUAAAGUAGCAAAAUCACACAUAAAAACAACAGUGACAAAAGGACAUGCAUACCAGUCCCUGAAGUGUAGACUGUGUCUACACUCAUCAAUCACUGUCAUUACUGCUCUGCCUUAUCUCUGCUCAUGUAUUAUUCUUGGUCAUAAUUCUCAUGACUUUCAGUGAUGUAAAACAUAGUUCUAAACGUGUCCAACAAGCUGCAGUUGAGUUCUUCCCAUUUCGUGUCAUUAGAACCUCAUUUUCGUUCAGUCUAUGUAAAAGUUCUAUGUGUAAGGUUGAGUGAAACUGGAAAUUGACCAACCAUGAAUGGAGGUCAUUUGGUACAUGAUCCAUGCAUGUGCAGAAGAGCUAAAGGAGUCAUCAGGAUGACUGCCUCAUUUGAUGGUCUGGUGUUCACCUAAAGCUGAGAGGAAAAUCUGUGUGCAGAGUACUGUGAGCUGAUAGAAAUGAUAGUCAUAAUGGGAAAACAACAAGGCUAGAAUUCCUACUAAUGAGCCCAAGGGGAGAAUAUGGGAUAUUCUUUGAGAAAACAGGAGGAAAAGAGAACCCUUAAAUAAAUAAAUGAGUGUGGUUGAAGGUGAUAAUACACAUCAGCAAAAAUAUAGAGAAACCCCACUUUACCUGAAAAAUGAUCUCGGUGGUUCAUGAUGAAUUGCUAGGGUGAUAAGGACCAAAUUUUCGUUUAGCUUUUCAGUUGUGUGAACAUAAUUCCCUGGCUGAGUUAUCUUCAGCCUGUGGUCAUCAGUGUGGCACUCUGCUUGAUCUCCAGCAGUCUGAGAUGCUUUACUGUGUGUGAUGCCCAGAAAGGCUAGACUAGAAUGUCAUCAUGUCUGUGAUCAAAGGUUCCUAUUACCAGUGACCACCCAGGAACUAACUGUGCAGCCAUUUAUUUUAAACAUAGGAAGGGAAAUUGGGGGGUGAUGCUCAAAAGAAAUGAAUCAUUCUACUAUCAAAGCUCUUUAAAAAGCUUUUAAGAAUGAAAUACUAAGUCAGAAAGGAAGUAUAUGUAAUCUCUUUUUCUUAACAAAACAAUUUCUCUUUAUCUGCUUAGAUAUUCUUGGAAAAGA